AUGCGAGAUCGAGACCUCUCCGGUCGGACUCUCGUGUUGCCCAUGUCGCUCGCGAGUGGUUCGCUGUUAGCGAGAGCCCCAGACGCGACGUUGAUCCGCGCGGCUUCUGGAUCUUCUGAGUCCUCAAGCGCAGCGGCGGCUCCGGGAGGGUCGGUGACAGUGGCGUUCCGUCUGGCCCGGCAGUGCGCGUAUGGGCAGAAGUUCUAUGUAUCUGGCGCGCACGAGACGCUGGGCGGGUGGGAUCUGAAAAAGGCGAUACCUGCGCAGUGGUCGGAAGGGCACGUUUGGACGGCCACGGCGGUGGUGCCUCGCAAUGCAUCUCUGCCGUUCAAGUGCGUGAUGGUGGGGAAGCGAGGCGAGAUAGAGUGGCAGAAGGGCGGCAACCAUUCAGCAGCAGGGAGGGCCUUCAGCAGAGCAGUAGCAGCAGCAGCAGCAGCAGCAGCAGCAGCAGCAGUAGCAGCAGCAGCAGCAGCAGCGGCGGCAGUGGCAGUAGUAGCAGCAGCGGCAGCAGCAGCAGCGGCGGCAGUGGCAGUAGUAGCAGCAGCGGCAGCAGCAGCAGCAACAGCAGCAGAGACUCCAGACAUCAGGGACAAGAAGGGAUGA